AUGAAUUCUUCAUUAAACAUAGUAGACGAUGAAAACAAAAAUAAAUCGAGCAGGCCAUACAUAGUGGCAAUUCUUAUUGGCGUAAUCAUCUUUCUAAUUAUUGUUAUUCCUACAACAAUACUCUUGGUGAAAAAUCUCUCAGAGAAAAAUAAUCCAACGCAUAUUCACUAUACUCGUGUUAAUAAGAAUAUCUAUCGUGAUCAUUACGAAUUAUAUCAAUUGAAUAUUCUACCCAAGCGAAAUCCCGGUCAACAGUAUAAGCUUCUAGGUAAUUUCCUACGUCGAUCGCUGUUCAACACAUCAAAUUACGAACGGUAUCUUCCAAAUUGUCCGAUUAUGUUUGCAUUAACCUCGAUCGAUCAUCCUGAAGAUUGGCGAGCGAUGAUAUUCGGUACACUGAAAUAUCCAUCACCGCAAUUACCACAUCCAUACGUAUGUUUCAUCAGUGUACUACUCGAAGAUCGCCAACAUCGCUUAGGUUCCGUUCUUCUCAAUCACUUCAUCAAUCACGUGAUGAAAGCGAACAACUAUGUUUAUAUUCAAUUGCAUGCCAAUUAUGAAAACUGUCGAGCGCAACGACUCUACGAUGCCUGUGGUUUUCUAUGUAACGAUUUCAAAUUGAAUGGAUAUCCUGAGCCACAUGAUCCUCAAUAUAAAUUCGGUCAUAUGAUUCGUAUGGAAUUGAACAUACGAAAUAUAAAAAAUAAAACUGAUGUAUGUUCGAAUCCGAAGGCAAUUGAAAUUUCUCAACAGGAGAAAGAUAACAUUUCUGCGUUCUUUUUCACGAUCAUGCCUGCUACACGUGACGACGAUGUUUAUCAAGCUAAGUUAGCUGAACAAGCUGAACGUUACGAAGAAAUGGUUGAAUCAAUGAAGAAAGUUGCCAAAACCGAUCAAGAAUUAACUGUUGAAGAGCGAAAUUUACUCUCUGUUGCGUAUAAGAACUUAAUCGGUGCACGACGAGCAUCAUGGCGCAUCAUAAGUAACAUCGAGAGUAGAGAAGAAAGCAAAUCGGAAACAAGUAAACUACCACUGACGAAGAAAUAUCGCUCUCAGAUCGAAAAAGAAUUGCGUGAUAUUAGUCAAGACAUUCUUGAUUUACUUGAUAAACAUCUUAUUCCGAAUGCAACGUCAGGCGAAAGCAAAGUUUUCUACUUAAAAAUGAAAGGUGAUUAUCAUCGUUAUAAAGCCGAAUUCGCUACGCAAGAAGAUCGAAAAGAGGCCGCAGAGAAUUCUCUUGUUGCAUAUACAAAAGCAAAUGAUAUUGCACAAAAUGAGUUACCACCAACACAUCCUAUUCGACUUGGUCUAGCAUUGAAUUUCUCUGUAUUUUACUAUGAGAUUCUCAAUACACCGGAUCGCGCUUGCCGAUUAGCUAAACAAGCAUUUGAUGAUGCAAUUGCAGAAUUAGAAACAUUAAACGAAGAUACUUAUAAAGAUUCAACAUUGAUUAUGCAACUUCUACGAGACAAUUUGACUCUAUGGACAACAGACAUGCCUGGUGAUAAUGACAAUGGCAACAAUGAAGUUCAAGAUGUUGAUGAUGAUCAAAAGUGA